UUUCGUUUCUCCGAUAAUCAGCUGAUCUCAGUAUAAACAGAGCAGCUGCAGCAGAGAGACGUUCAGAAGACAAACCAACACUCACAUCAGUGUUUGCUGCGAGAAGCUUUUUAAAUAUCGGAUCACCAACCAACAUGGGCUCAUCAACAGAAUGGAUUCCUUCCUUGUGGACGGAGACCUUUGAUGAACUGCUGGACGAUGACAAUGAGCUGGACUAUGGAGACUCGUGGACUCUCAACUUUAACUACAGCCAGACAGAUGAAAUCACCAAGGAGGAGAGGAAGAGAGGCUGGAAGGUCUACACCCACUGUGGCUUUGGAAAAUUUCAGUGUGACUUCUGCGACAAAACCUGGUCUUCAGCACGAGUCAUGAUGUUGUUCCGUUACCGGCUGCGGGGCGACCGGGGGACGGUGAUCAUGAGACCCUUCAGACAGGCCUGCCGCAGUUGCCAAGGUGAUUCGUUUGUGUUACCUGGUUUCUCUAAGGAUGAGGUAGAGCGGGCUUUGCUGAGGCUGUUCUCCAAGAUCCGGAAGAACUGCUAUGACGACGAGGACGACAGUGAUGGAGGCUCAGCCGGCUCUCAGAAAGUGUUCACCAAACCCCACAAGAAGGACCUGUGUGAGGGCUGCCGUCUGGGUAUUUGCUGCCAGGAUGAGGACUAGAAACGUGUGUGUGUGUGUGUAGGUGGGGGGGUGGAGGGCAGUUAGAUGUGGGGUUGUUUGCUGGUCAACUGUGAUGCUCCAUUCAUAGUUUGUACAUGACCUUUUCCUUUAUAUUUUAAAGCUGGCUCAUCAAAUUAAUAUGUUGCUUUAUCAUGUUAUAAAUAUAAUUCCCUUUAGUGACAUUUUGUACAAUAUAAUUUUGUGUAAAUACUUUGUGACUGCUAAUCAGUCUGACCAAGUUGUACUGCUUUACUUCAUUUUCCGCCCAACCUUUAUUCCAUGGCUCGCCCAGAUAAUUGCUGAUAAAGAUUGAAAUAUGGGAGUUAUAGAUUUAAAAAAAAGAUCUCCAAUUUGACCACUGACAACAUUGACAUGCUGGUUUUAUAUUAAAACAUCUCUACUAACAGUCUAGUAAUAUACCACAGUGGUUUCCGUCCCACUGUAUUGAAGUAAAUAUUAAUUUAUUGUAGUUUUUUUCUGUUUACUGCACUUUAUAUGAAACAGCAUCAACAAGGUACUUACAAAAGUUUUUUUGAGCAUGAUGCAUUUACACUUUAGCUUUCUGCUCUCUGUAAAUGUAAGAAAUAGAAAAUAACAGUUCUUUGGCUUGUAAAUAAAGCCAGUUUUUAAGUCUCUCUUUGCUGCCUGUAUUGUGUUUGGAUCUUUUCACUUUUUAAAACUCAACUAAAUAUAUGAUUUGCGUUGUGCUGCCUAAACUCUUACAUUUUAUAUCUGUUUUACCAGCUGUUCACUGAGUUAUAUGUUGUUGAUGGCAGGAUGCUGCUUGUGAAGAAGUUUUAAUCAAUAAAUAUGUAUAUUUUA